AGAUAGACGAAACAGCCACGCUGGGAUCCGCUGAGUCUUUUCGCUUCAAACUGGAACAUUAGAAUCUUUGUCAAUUUUCUUCCAAAUGGCAGCCGACGCAUCGAAUCAUGUUGUCGCCCGGAUGGUGCUGACCUAUUUGUACGACAAUAAUAUGCAGGACCUCGCGGAGCAGUUUUGGAACAGGAGUGUGUACCUUUCGAAGGCCGUUCCCUCCGCCGUUUUAGCCCGCAUGGUGUCCAUCGGUCGUCUCACAAACGUUCUCAAGGAGCACACGGAGCUGGUCUCGAUUCUGAACGAUUUCUGGACCAGUUAUAUGGUAGCAGGUUCUGAGAAGGUGUUCAUGACGCCAUCAGGAAAGGCCACUAUUCUUGUGGAUAUGUGCAAAUCGCUGCUGUCUUUCAUUCCUACCGAAGCCCCCAUCCAGUUCCUGUCGGAACCAAUUUAUGGCGAAAGCACCCAGUCGCCAACCCGCAUCGUGUUAAUGGAAGAAGGAAAUGUAAAUUUAAACGAAUUCCCGAUCGAGUUCGAUCCCAACACGCUGCAGAUAAUAACGGACGAACCAGAAACGCAGAAUCGAGUCGAUCAAAGCGAGCAAAAGGAAAACAUUCAGCCUAUUGUCAUUGAAAUACCCAGCCAACCGGAGCCGGAGUGUAAUUCCGAAAUGCCAGUUACCGCCGCUUUGGCACCUGCCUCUGUAAAUAUUGCCGGGCCAUCGGCCGACGUAUCACCGGACCCUCCGGCAAAGAAACGAUGCAGCGAGAGAAGUGCGAUAAAACUGAAACGACUGCACAAUACGAAGCAUCCUGCUCCGGUGACCCGCGCAAGACUUGUUCCACCACGCUCAGCGUCUAAAUAUGCAGUAAUGCAAAGAAACGUAAAGUGUGAUCUGCCCAAACGAUCCGCUGGCCGUAUUACAACCACUAUCAAAUCCGCCUCCCAAAAUCGGUUGAACUCGAUCACACCUAAAGGGAGCAAAAAGGAUGCACUCCAAGCACAGCUUCAUAACGAAUCUUCUUCGUCAUCUACCGCAACGAUGAGUCCAGAGUCGGACGAGGGAAUCCGGCAGAUGACUUAUUCGUUGCAAAAGCAUCGUCGCACAAACCGGUACGCACAGAAGCAGUCCGCGGAACAGCAUCUCUCGAACGUGGUACAGACUCAGUUCAGCUAUCCAGCAACUGGAAGCAUCCCUUCGAAGGCAGCAGAAACAAGCCCUUUAAAUUCAGCAUGUACAGCAGCAGUGUCCACGCUUCUACAAACAACCAACGUCGGCGAAGAUACGAUUUCCGCCGUCUUAGCUCACAUCCAUGGCCAAGAAAUAGAAACCGCCGCAGUCAAUCAUCCCCAGUGCUAAUCACUAACGAAGCUUGGCAUAGCUAAUCUGGUUAGUUGGAUAGUUUCUUUCCCAUUUUGCCAUUUUCAUCAUAUGCUUGAAAUAGUUCCCAGAUGAUCGUUACCCAAGUAUUCUUUCGUUUGCUCUUUCCCUUCUGCGAAUUAAGCAGAUGAGAAUGAGGCACAUCGUAAGUGGUCAAACUGCAGCAUCACAAACAAAAAAUCUAGCCGCUUUUCUUCGCACAGAACUACUAGCUAGUGAUCGGUCAUAAGCCGUUCAAAAUAUGUGUCGUUCCAUCAUUAUUCAAUUGAACAUUACACCAUUUAAUGAUUUAUAAUUCUUUAAUCAAAUUAAUUUUUACCAAACAUAGGAGAAUUAGUAUGAAAGGAUUAAAUGAAAUGUGAUAAAAUGGACGAAUAGAUAGAACACCGAAAAUUAUAUAAGUAAGCCUGACCAUUUUCCAAAAAAAGUAUGAGAAUAAGAAUGAACUAGGAAGGGAAAAGCGAAAUGAUUGCAAGAAGCAGUCGAUAGGGAGGGUGUUAGGUACUAGUUGUUAGAAAAAAAAUCUUCGUUCUAUUUAAGUUAUUGCAUUCGUAUCGAAUUUAAUGUUUUUUCAAGAGGGCUUCUACAAAAAAUAAUGAAAGUGGCUUGCGAAAUGUGCGAUUUUCCACGCAUCGCAAGCGAAUUUGUUGGCUCGUACCGCAGCUCAAAAGAAGCGAAAAGUGUU